AUGGCUCGGAUAUCAUCGCUUCAGCCGUUUACCGGCGGCGACUUUGAAGAGUUUGAGGAAAGACUUGAAUUCUAUUUCUUUGCCAAUGAUAUUGGAACCGUGGCUGCUUCGGCCAAUGCUGCAGACAAGUUGGCUGCCAGCAAGAAAAGGAAGGCUGUAUUAGUGAGUUUGCUGUCUGCGGAAGUCUACUCGAUUUUGAGGAGCCUCUGUCUGCCAGCGAAAGUAGCUGACAAGAAACUGUCGGAGAUUUGCGAUCUUUUGAGGAAGUAUUUUCAACCUGCAAUUUCGCAAGUUUCGGCGACGUUCAAUUUCCAUCAGUUGAAGCAGAAGGAAAAUGAGUCGACUGCGGAUUUCAUCAUUCGUCUGAAGAGAUUGGCUGUGAGGUGUGAGUUUGCUGAUCACCUCGAUCGAGCGCUUCGAGACCAGUUUAUUGCUGGCUUGAGCAGCUCAUCCACUCGAAAUUUCUUAUUGACGAAAGAAGAUACUUCGGCACAGUCGUUCAAUGACAUCGUCAAACUAGCUUUGACGCAGGAAUCGGCUGCGCGCGCGGCCGUGCAGCUGACCUCUCAGCAGGAAGUGCACAAGGUGAAUCACCGGCCAGUGGAAUCGCGUUCGCAGGCGCAGUCUGGUGUUUCUCAUCAAUCUCAUCAAUCUCGAGAGCAGAGAUUGUGCUACCGCUGUGGGUCUACUCAACACUUGGCGGAUAAGUGCAAACACAAGGCCACUGAGUGUCGUCACUGCCACAGGAAGGGGCACUUGGAGCGUGUUUGUCGGCAGAAAUCUACGUCAGGCGCGUCGGUGCACAAUGUUGUGACUGAUGACGCAGGUGAGCAUGAAUCUGCUGAUCUUGAGUGCAUGCCAAUGUUCCACAUUUCGGAUCAGGGCGAAUUGAAGAGCAAAUCUGUUCCCUCCUACAAAUUGGAAAUUGCUGUGAAUGAUGUUCCUGUUGUAAUGGAAAUCGACACGGGCAGUGGCAUUUCAAUCAUUUCUGUCCAUGAUUUUGAGUCACUUGGGGUGUCUCGUACAAAUUUAACCAAACCGAGUGUACGCAUGACCGGUUUUUCUGGGGCAGAAAUCAAAUGUAUUGGUGAAGGGAAGUUCAAUGUCAGCAUUGAUGGUGUGGAGAAACCAACACUACUCCGUGUGGUGGAUAAUGGUGGUCCGUCAUUGUUGGGCAGGGAUAUGUUGUCCCAAUUUACUCUACCGUGGAAACAGAUUGUCAAUGUCAAUCAUGUUCAAAUGGAUGGUAGGAGGAGAGCUCUCAUUGAGGAAUUUGAGGAGCUAUUCGAUACGACUCAGGUUGGCAAGCUGAGGUCGGCUCAAAUCACCCUGAGAGUGGAUGAUUCUGAUCCAAUUUUCCACAAGGCGCGUCCCGUACCGUUCUCUAUCACGGAGAAGUACGAGGAGGCUUUGGAGAAAUUGGAAGCAGAGGGAGUUAUUCGCAAAGUUGAGCACUCCAAAUGGGCAUCGCCUACUGUGCCAGUACUGAAAUCGGAUGGUAGUAUCCGAAUUUGUGCUGAUUACUCUCGCUCAAUCAAUGCCAAGUCUGAUUUGGAGCACUACCCACUACCUACUAUUGAGGAAAUGUUAGCGAAAUUGUCGGGGGGAGAUAAAUUCACCAAAUUGGAUCUCUCCCAAGCCUAUCACCAACUGGAGCUUGAUCCAGCUUCUCGGCCGUACACGACAAUCUCUACUCACAAGGGGUUGUAUGAAUACGUGAGAUUGCCGUUUGGCAUUCACUCGGCAGUGGCAAUUUUCCAACGCACAAUGGAAUCCAUAUUGGCAGAUCUGCCUGGGUGCAUCGUCUAUGUGGAUGAUAUCCUGAUUACUGGGAAGGAUGAGGAUGAACACCACAACAACCUGAUCAGGGUACUACGUCGCCUACAGGAGGUCGGGAUGAAGCUUAAUCCCAGUAAGUUUCAUUUCAUGAUGGAUGAGAUUUCCUACCUGGGUCACACGAUUUCUAGUGCUGGUGUGGCUCCUACAGCGGAUAAGAUUGAGGCAAUGCGGGACGCUAAGGCUCCUUCGAAUGUUAACGAGCUUCAAUCAUUCAUUGGAACGGCGAAUUUCUUGCGACGGUUCAUACCUCAUUUCGCAACAAUAAUGGUACCUCUGUACAAUCUGGUGAAGAAAUCUGCUGAAUGGCAAUGGGAGGAAAAUGAGCAGAAUGCAUUUUCUCGAAUCAAGGCUGCACUGUGUUCCAGUGAAGUACUCAUUCACUAUUCCUCGGAGAAAGAUCUGAUUCUUCAAACGGAUGCUUCGGGCAUUGUUCUCGGUGCGGUAAUGUUUCAGAAGGACGAAUCGGGCGAGCUUCGUCCUGUAGCGUACGGGUCUCGUGUUCUCUCGUCAGCGGAGAAGAACUACUCCAAUAUCGAACGGGAGGCGUUGGCGUUGGUGUUUGGAGUUACCAAAUUUCGUCAAUAUCUGUUGGGACGGACGUUCAUGCUGAGAACGGAUCAUCAGCCAUUACUCAAAUUGUUCGGCUGCACAGAGAAAGUGCCUACUCUGGUAUCUUCGAGGCUGAAAAAAUGGAAGAUGGUUUUGUCGGCAUACAACUACUCAAUGGAGUACAUUCCGGGCAGAAAGAAUGUAUUUGCGGACUAUUUGUCGCGCAAGCCAAUGAGUGGCGAUCCUACUCGUGAUGAAAUGGUUGAACAACAGGUGUUGUUUGUUCAAGAAGAAUCUGAAAUCAUCAGGGCUGCUACUGUAGCGGCGGAAACGAAACGGGAUGUCGUCCUGAAGAAGGUACUCCAUUUCACGAUUAAUGGUUGGGAGGAAGUGUCAGAGCCAGAACUCUUUCCUUACUUUGCUAAACGGUGGGAACUGUCAGUGGAGGACAACAUCCUUUUAUGGAAUGGAAGGGUGGUCAUGCCCGACUCCCUGAGAGUAAUCCUACUCAAUGACCUACACUCAGAACACUCUGGGGUAGUGAGAAUGAAACGGUUGGCUCGGAGAUACGUUUGGUGGCCUAAAAUCGACGAAGAUAUCGAGUCGACGGUCAAGCAGUGUGCCCUAUGUCAACUCAAUGCCAAGAAUCCCCCGAAAGAGUUUGCAACUUGGACAUGGCCGGCAGGACCGUGGCAGAGACUGCAUCUCGACUUUGCAGGACCGUUUCUCGGCAAAAUGUUACUGGUAUUGGUGGAUGCGUACUCCAAGUACAUUGACGUUAUUCCGUCGUCCCAUGCUACGUCAGCGUCAACAAUAAUGGCUUUGCAACGCGUGUUUGCUAUUUUCGGCCUGCCAAACCAUAUCGUCACGGAUAAUGGGUCACAGUUCACAAGCGACGAAUUUCAAACGUUCUUGCGGAAGAAUGGAAUUCAUCACACGUGUACCGCUCCUGGCCAUCCGGCCACCAAUGGAAUGGCAGAACGGUACGUGGGGUUUUUCAAGAGCAAAAUGAAAGUCAUGGAUGAGGAACCAGGGCAACUUCACUCAAAGUUGCAGAGGUUUUUGCUCUCGCAUCGUACUACCCCACAGGCGAAUGGAAAAACACCGGCCGAGAUGUUGAUGGGGCGACAACCUCGCAUCAAAUAUGAUCGUUUGAAAAUGGAAGGGCGUAAGGGCGUGGAGGUUUACGAGAACAAUCUGGAGCACAUGCCGGAAUUUCAGUGCGGCCAAGCUGUCCUGGCUUUGAAUUUCGGCAAAGGAGGAGAUAAGUGGGCCCCAGCCGUGGUCACGGCAGUUCUCAGUCCGAUGACGUAUCAGAUACAAGUCGGUGAUGCAAUGUGGAAACGCCAUCGCAACCAGCUCCGUCCUCGGCAAAUCCCUCAGUUCGAUGCAGGGGCGUCUGAGCAGAGUGGAGCAAGUUUAACAGCUCAGGUUCCGUCACAGCCGUCACUCAGCAACAACGACGCUAGUGUCACGGCAGCGGAGCUAGGCGCGCCGGUCUCAGCAACAACCGGUACUAGUGAGUCUGCGUCGGUUAGCACUUCACGUGCCAGCUACAGCAAGACGUCGUCACCGCAAGCUGAACGACGGUCAACCCGCCCUACUGUUCGACCAGUUCGUUUCAAGGAUUGA